AUGAAGUUCGGCGAGCAGCUGCGGUCGAGCAUCAUCCGCGAGUACCAGUGGUACUACAUCGACUACAAUGGCCUCAAGGCCGAGCUCAAGGCCGCCACGGGCCCGCUGGCCGCGGAUGGCUCUGGCCACAAGCAGUGGACCGAGGACGACGAGACGCGCUUCGUCGCCAAGCUCGAGGCCGAGCUCGAAAAGGUGCACACCAAGCAGCAGGUGAAGGCGAUGGAGAUUUCCCGCCGCAUCGCCGUCAGCGAGCGCGAGGUCAAGGAGGUCGUCAACCGGCUCAACGAGCGCGGCCCGGGCGAGGAGGGCCCCAGCGAGGAGGAGUUUAUGCUGCUGGAGGAAGACCUGAGCGACAUCAUUGCCGACGUGCACGACCUGGCCAAGUUUGUCCAGCUCAACUAUACCGGGUUCUACAAGAUUAUCAAGAAGCACGAUAAAAUGACGGGCUGGCACCUCCGUCCCGCUUUCGAUACCCGACUCAAGGCCAAGCCUUUUUACAAGGAAAACUACGACGCCUCCGUCAUCAAGCUCUCCAAGCUCUACGACCUCGUCCGGACAAGGGGCAACCCCGUCAAGGGCGACAGCGCGGCCGGUGGCUCGCAGGCCAGCUUCAUCCGACAGACGACGAAAUACUGGGUACACCCCGACAAUGUGACGGAGCUGAAACUCAUCAUCCUCAAGCACUUGCCCGUAUUGGUCUUUAAUGCCAGCAAGGAGUUUGAGCAGCAGGACCAGGCCAUCACAUCCAUCUAUUACGAUAACCCCGAUGGGUUCCCGUUAUACGAGGGCCGCCUGAAGAAGACUGAAGGCGCUGAGGCCAUCCGACUCCGAUGGUAUGGUGGCAUGAAGACCGAGACCGUCUUCGUCGAGCGCAAGACUCACCGAGAAGACUGGACGGGAGAAAAGUCCGUCAAGGCUCGCUUCUCGCUCAAGGAGAAGAAUGUUAACGCCUACAUGAGAGGCGAGCUGCUGCCGGCCGCCAUCUUUGAAAAGGCCCGCAAGGAGGGCAAGAAGUCGGAAAAGGCCAUUGCCGAGGACGAGCGGCUGGCGGCCGAGAUCCAAUACUCGGUCUUGAAGCACGGCUACAAGCCUGUCUGCCGUUCGUUUUACAACCGAACCGCCUUCCAGCUGCCUGCGGAUGCCCGAGUGCGAAUCUCGCUCGACACGGAGCUGACCAUGAUUCGAGAGGACAACCUGGAUGGCCGAAUUCGCUCUGGUGACAACUGGCGACGCAUGGACAUUGGAGUCGACUAUCCCUUCUCCCAGCUCCCGCCUGAGGAUAUCGUGCGCUUCCCCUACGCCGUUCUCGAGGUGAAGCUGCAGACACAGGUGGGACAGGAGCCGCCGGAAUGGAUCAGACAGGUCAUCGCGUCCCAUCUGGUCGAGGCCGUCCCCAAGUUCUCCAAGUUCAUUCACGGCACUGCCUGUCUGUUUCCCACGCGCAUCAAGCUGCUGCCGUACUGGAUGCCUCAGAUGGAUGUUGACAUCCGCAAGCCGGUGACGCACGAUUUCGGAAUCCGCCGGCCCGAUAUUUCAGGAACGACAACGACGUCGGAUGACGAGGAGGAAGAGCUCGAUUCUGACGACGAAGAAGCGGAAGCCGCUCGCCGCGGCGCUGGUAACGGCGAGUCCAGCAGACACGGCGCAAGGCUUCGUGUCCCUGCUUCCGAUACAGAGGGCCAGACGGUUGAGUUGCCCACGGCGAAUGAAGACUAUCCCAUCUACGACUCUGACGAAGAGUACGACGAAAACUACGAGCUGGAGGAGGCCCGGAGGGUUGGCGGAUGGCACUACUACCGAGUUCUGCUUGCGUCAAAGGCCAGUGCCGCUGCCUCGGGUGCUUGGAACGCCUUAAAGUACGUGGUUCCGCGUCCUCGCGCGACCGAGAUGCCUCGAGCCGCCAGGCUGCAGUCCCUCUUUGGCGACCAGAGGAUUCAGCACAAGCGGUUCAGCGCGCCUCCGGGCAAGAAGAUUUAUGUUCCGGUUCGCGUGGAGCCCAAGGUGUACUUUGCGGCCGAGCGGACGUUCCUUGGUUGGCUUGAGUACUCGAUUUACAUCGGAACCAUUGCCACGACGCUCCUCAACUUUGGGGACCACCCUACACCUACUGCUUUCUGGAUCGCCGGUAUCUUCACCCUUCUGGCCAUUUGUAGUCUUCUUUACUCUGUGGGCAUCUACUUCUAUCGAAGUCGGUCGAUUCGCAACCGCAAGGCUGCUCGCUACUAUGACCGCUGGGGACCGAGUGCGCUCUGUGUGGCGCUGUUUGUUGCUGCUGGCCUCAAUUUUGUGUAUGAAGGCCGGGAGAGAAAGUACUGGUAA